AUGGUAAAAAAGAAGCCAGGGCGGGAGGACUCUCCGGAGGGGGAACGGCCCGUGAACGCGCGCGGACACGGCUCGCGCCAAAAAUUCCAAACCGGCUUCGAGGCCCCGCCCAGGAACGCCUCUUACCCCCGGUGCAGCCUGUCAGAGGCGCACAGCCUGCUGGGGCUCCGCCCCAACGUCCCUGCGUGCGCGCCUCCGACCCCGCCCCGCCGGCUCCGCGGCCGAGUGCUCACACUGCGUAGGCGCAAAACCUUCUCUGUGCUGGCCCCGGUCGGGGGUGGCUACGCGGACCCCGAACGACCUCCGGACAUCGACCGACCUCCAGACCCCGGUGCCAGCACCCACGGCCCUCGCUGGGCUGCCUUAGUUUUCGCAUCUAUAAAGGGAAUGGUCACUGCGUUUCGCCCUGGAGGUGUAGCCCCAAGAGGCGGUCACUUGGGGCUGCACAGGAAGUCGCUGCCGCCUCCGGGGUCCCGGCAAGACCCACCUGUGAACAAGACCCCUCUGUUCGAGCUGGGUCCCCUCAGCCAGGCACCCCAGCACAGCACCCCACAGGCGCACCUCCUGCCCCACCUGGCAGCUGUGUUUAGGCUGGGUCUGGGGUGCCUGCCUGCCCUCGUCAGCUGCUGGGGGGAGCAGCUGAGCCCUCCAGGCCUGGCGCCAGGGCCCCAGUCCCUGACAGGGGUGGAGGAGCCCGGGGGGCUAGGUGGGGGCCUGUCCCGGCUGUCAGCACCCAUGAUCGAUGAGGGCCUCAACUUCCCGUUUCCCCCACAGGCUAUGGCCCCCCCCAGUGGUCUAGGAGCAGGAUUCCGCACUCGGCAUGGGCUAGAAGCCCAGCCAGGCAUUGGAGGGGUUGUGAAACCCCAGAAGUCCGGGUUUACGAACGGGAAUGGGCUGGGAGUCAGGGCCUUCCCAGGUUCUGCCACCCAGCCAGGAUAUGGAAAUGGGCUGGGAGCUGGUGACUUCCCAGGGCCGGGAGCCCAGGCAGGCCCCACGGCUCAGAACGUCCAGGGACCAGGAAUUGGAGGGAGCGUGAAACCUCAAAAGCCUGGACAGGGCAUGGGCCAUGGCCUGGGGGCCCAGCCAGGGUUUGGGACCGGGAAUGGAGCCCAGCCGGGCCUCGGAGGACUGAAAUCUCAGAAGCCAGGCCCUGCAGCUCAAAAUGGCUAUGUAGCAGGCUUCGGAGCCAGUGUGAGACCCCAGAAGCCAAGAUUUGGGAAUAGCUACGGGCUGGGAGCCCAGCCAGGGUCUGCGGUUCCCAUCGGCUACGGACCAGGCAUUGCUGAGGCCAUGAAGCCUCAGAAGCCAGUUUAUAGGAAUGGGCUGGGAGUUGGAGCCUUCCCAGGUGAAGGGACCCAGCCAGGCCUGGGAGGGGGCUUGAGCCCUCCGAAGCCAGGAUACAUGCCAGGGAAUGGGCUGCAGCUCCCUCCAGGUCUGGGAGGGGGUUUGAAACCUCAGAAGCCAGGGUACCAGCCUCUGAAUGGCUACAGACCAGGAGCAGAACUGGGCUUUGGUGGUGGCCUCAAGCCCCAGAAAGUCGCGAUUAUGUACUAUGCACUGGACCACAGUGGUGGCCAGAGCCAGGGGGAUUCCCCGUCUCAGGUCACCCUGGCCCCCCCAGUGCUGCCCCCGCCCCAUUCCAACCAGCCCCUCUCCCACCGCUGUCCUACAGGUUUUGGUUACAGGAAUGGUGGUCUGGGAGCCAGGGUCUUCCCUGAGACCCACGCACAGCCAGGGUUCCCUGGGACUGAUGGCUUUUGGAAUGGGCCCUAUGGGCAGCUGAGGCCAGAGCUGGGCCCUGGGCCCUUAGGGGGCCCUGAGGUGAAGGCGGUGCGUGGGCACCUGUUGGAGAAACAAGGCCUCCGCGGGCUGUGCGCGCGCGGCCCUGGCGCGGCGGUGGUGGCCAAGCUGGCGUCCCGGCUUCCUCGCUCCCGCUCGCAUCCGCGGCUGGCCCGCGCCCGCGUCCACUCGCGCCCCGCGCCGCCGCCGCCGCCUCCCUCGGCGCUCGCGCUGGCUGAGCUGCCACCGCUGCCAGCGCUCCCGCUGCGGCCCAAGCCGCUGGCGCCCUGGGGUCCCGGCGCCCACGUGGCGCUGCCCGACCUGCCGCCCGAGGCCUGGUCUUCCGCGCCGCCCGCCGCCGCUCUCGCCCUGCAGGACCUGCCGCGCCUCCCCGCGCCCACGCCACCGCCCUCGCAUCUGCCGUUACCGCCUCUGCCCGAGACCGUGGUCGCCGCCACGCCAGGGCCCGUGGGCGCGCGCGGCCGCCCGCCACUCAACGCCGAGCCGCCCCCGCAGCCGCUGCCGCCGCUACCCGCACGGCCCUCGCCUUUCAACCUGCACGCGCCGCCUGCGCCGCUCGACCCCUGGCUGCUGCCUGCCUUCCCCCCGCCGCUGCCACUGCCGCCCCCGCCUCCGCACUUUUUCCUGUAG